AUGAAUGAGGAAAAUGAUGUAAUAAAACAUUCUGAUUUUCAUUUGUCCAAACAUGGUAAUAAACGAAUCAGGAUUAACAAAAUUAAUGAUAAUGUAAAAUAUAUAAUUUCAAGAUUUACAAAUCAUAAUGAAAUUGAUAGAUUGACUCCUCCUGUAACAUUUAUAUCUAAGGAUGAAAAUCCUGAAGAUGUACUCGAAAAUGAGAAAAACGAUACGCCCAAUUAUUGGCUACUGAAAAACACAUCCACAGAUAAGUGCAAAAUAAAUCACAAAUCUUAUGUAUCUAAAAAAUGUAAUUUAAAUACAGAUGUGUUUUUUGUUUUAAUUGAAAAUGAAGAUUAUUCGGAAUUAUAUCCUGUUUCAAAUUGGCAAGUUUUUGAACCAGAUUUAUCAGAAAAAGCAUUAAAUGUAUAUAAUCCAGAUAUCACACAAGACAAAUUAAAAGCAGAAAAAAAUAAUAAAAGAUUAGAUGAAAUAAUUGAAAGGUUAAAAAAUAAAGAAGAAAGUAUGAAAAUUAAUCUAAAAACAAAAGAUAUAUCUAAAAAAAAAACACUUAUAAAUAUUAAUCAUAUAAAUAAUCAUGAUAAUAUAUCUAAUAUUACAUCUGCACAUUCUGGUAAAAAUUUCAAAAACUACUAUUCCUCUUCCGAUGAUGAUUUAGGAUUAAAAAGACAAGAAAAAAAAAGAUUAAAAAAUUUAUACAAAUUAAAAAAAAGAGAAAAUAAAGAUGAAAUCGAUUAUGUUGAUUCAGCUUUAUCUAUAACAGAAAUUAGAAAAAAUAAAUCAAGUUGGGAUUAUAAUGAUGAUGGAAAAAGAAGUGAUGAUGAAGAUUUAUAUAUGCAAGAAUCUGCGCAUGAAUUUUUUGAUGAUGAAGAUGAAAAUGAAGAAUCAGAUAACAACUCUGGAAAUGAAGAAUCUAUAUUAACAUCUUAUGGACAAGCUAUGAAAUCAUUAUUAAAACAACAAAUAAACGAUGAAGAAGAUGAUGAAUUAAAUCAAUAUUCUGAUGACGAAGAUGAAGAAGAUGAUGAAGAAAAUGAUGAAGAUAAUUAUAAUAGUAAUAGAGGACGAACAAAUGUUAAAAGUGAAACGAAUGAAAAAAAUGAAACUAAUAAAAUUCAUAAUAUCAAUGAAUAUAUAAAAGAAAAAAUUAGAAAAAAUGAAAUACAAUUAAAAAAAGAAAAUUGUGCUAAAAUUUUAUUAAAAAUUAUCGAAAAAAAUAAUGGAAAAAUGGAUAUAUUAACUUUAUUAGAUAUUUUAAACAUAAAAGAAAAAAAUCAAAAUUUCAUACUUGUACAAAAAUAUAUAAAAGAAUUAUGUAUUAUUAGUUCUCAAACAAUAAAUAACAAAAAAGUCAAAAUGGUAGCAGUCAAGCCAAAGUAUCUAUCGAAGAAAUGA